CGGCUGGGGUCACCAUCAGGUCCUCAGCUGUCAUGGGCGUGUACGUCCCUCCGGGCUAUUCACCUCCUUUUCAGGUGGUAGAUGAUUCCCAUCAUGGCGCUUGGAUAAUCAUCACCGGCGCUCUGGGACUAGUUGUCUCGCUAGUCAGUUUUCUGAUUCGUCUUUAUGUGCGACUGGUGCUUAGUCCGCCUUUCGCAUACGAUGACUUUGUCCUGUUAGGAGCGACGAUCUUCGCAGUUGUCCAAAGCUCGCUCUUAUUCUGCGCUGUGUCUCACGGAUUUGGAACAGCUAUUGAUCUGCUACAGCACGACCAAGUGGAUAACAUUCAGACAUUAGUCACAGUCAGCGACAUUCUCUACCUAAUCACCAUCUACGUCUCCAAAUGCUGCGUAGUGGGCAUCCACCUCCGUCUCACACCCCAAAAACUACAUAACCGGAUCUCCUGGGCUACACUCGCUCUCUGUACAGCAUGGAUAAUCACAUCAGUAUUCAUCAUCGCUAUCAACUGCGAGCUAAAUAGACCCUGGAAAGGCGCCGGAGGACAAUGCGUGAAUCUGUUAAAACGCUGGCAAUUCAUCGUCGCAAUGGAUAUUCUAACUGAAAUGUUUCUUUUCGGCCUCGCAGUUACCCUACUAGCUGGUCUAUUUAUGCCCCUCAAGCGCAAACUACCUAUCGGCUUUGCCUUUCUCUUUCGCCUCCCGCUCGUCAUCUUCUCCAUACUGCAUAUCUAUGUUUUGAAUCAAAAGAUCUCAUCACCGGAUCCUACUCUCGCUGUCGUCGAACCGAUAUUAUGGGCCCAGGUUGAGCUGAACUAUGCCCUCGUUGCAUGCAGCGUGUUUUGUCUCCGGCCGUUCAUGGCAGCUGUGAGUACGAACUACGGGACAGCAGGCGACACGAAUUUGGAGAGUGGGUCUGCGUCGAGGACGCCGAAAGAUCAUUCUUCCUCGUCAAAAUCAGGCACUAGAUGUUUGCCUUCGGUGGUGGAUGGGAGGGAGAGAUGGCGUGUGUCACGGUCGGGAACAUGGUCGAAGACCCAUGAAAGGCUGAGGAGCGACGAGAGUGGUGCGCCAAAGGCUAGACCAAUGAAUUCAUCUAUUGAGCUUGUGGAGAGGGAUGGAUCGGACCCUAUUGAAUGUAGUGGAGGGAGAAUGUUUAUUCGGAAGGAUGUACAAUAUACAAUUGAGUUCGAUAGAAGGAGUUAGAUGUGGGAUUACAAUAUUUCUCUGUAUUUUAUGAUUCAUUAUGAUGCUCUCUUAUGAGAGUGAUAUUGUAUAUCCAUAGAUAGAAUUUAGUCCUGCUAAUUUAUACCUCUAUGUAACUCCUUUGCGCCGAAAUCCCCUUUACCUAGCCAGAUCUGAAUGACAUAAGACAUGAAGGUGAAAAGGCUCAGCGUCAUGUUCACGCGGUUGGCCGUCUGAAUGGGUGCGCCUCGGUGUUA